AUGAGUACACAACCAAGAGUAGUUAUUGUUGGAGGAGGAGUUGCUGGAUUAUCAGUUCUAUCAACUUUGACCUCACAUUUUGUUGCCAAAAGUCAAACAUUUAACAUUACAUUGAUUGAAAAGAAGAAUUUCACCGAGUCAUCUAUCUUUACUUUACGUUAUAUGGUCAAUCCACAAGAAUAUCAUCAUGAAAAUUCACAUGUCUUGUUGGAUGAACUUGAAAAGACUUUUGACAAGAGAAAUGGAUAUUCUGUCAAAAUGAUUAGUCAUUCCCAAGCUUCCAAACUCGAUACCGAGCAUUCCAAGAUUACAAUUCAACAAUUGGAUGGAAAUUCCAUUAAGGGAGAAGAAACUAUCGAAUACGAUUACCUAAUCUUGGCAAAUGGCUGCAGAUACAAGACAGACUAUAUUAAGGCAAACAUUGAAAAGAUUGAAUCUGUCACUCCUCAAUCAAGAUUACACGAAUUUCAUCAAUUCUAUGACAAGAUUACCUCUAAGGAAAAUGAUCAUGUUGUCAUUGUUGGAGGAGGAGCUUUGGGAAUUCAAUUGGCAGGUGAAUUAAUUGAUGUCAAUCAAUGGAGAGGAAAGCACGGAUUGGAACCAUUCAAAAUAACUCUCGUUCAUAGUAGAAAGUUGUUGAGAGAUCGAUCAAAUUCUGAAACUGCACACAAUUAUAUCUAUAACCAUUUGGUGAAGAAUGGAGUUGAAGUUUUUAUGGGAAAGAGAGCUUUUUAUAAGGAUGUUUCUCAAUUGGUUUCGUCUGGGGAGGAAACUAAUCCAUUGAUUAAGAAGGAAAUUGUUUUAAAACCGAAUAUUCCAAAUGCAGAAUUGACUAGUGAACAAGUUAUUGAACUUCCAAAAGCAAGUAUGAUAUUUUGGUGUGGAGGCAUGAUUCCAAAUACUGAAUGGUUGGAAGGAAGUCAUAUUGCAAGAAAUUCUCAAGGUUUCAUUCAAGUUAAUGAUUUCUAUCAAACUGUCAACCAUCCAAAUAUUUUCUCACUUGGUGAUGUGACAGAUCUUCCAUACGAAAAAUUGGCAGGUUCAGCAGUCAGAGAAGGUAUCACUGUUGGUACAAAUAUUGUCAAAAUGUCAAAUUUCAUUCAGCAAAUCAAAAAGGUAGCUCCACAAUUUUCCUCAACUGCCUCAAUGUUAAAAAAUAAGGAAAAAUCAGGAAAAUUUGAAUUGAGUUUGGGAAGUAUUAAUGGUCUAAUUGGAAAGAAGGAAAUCAUUGAGGUUAAAGGACAAAAAGCUGCGGACAUUAUGACCGAAAAGGGAAGAAACAGAGCUAUUGGCUUAUUAAGAAAUCCUGAAAUUUUCAUUAGAAAAUUUGGUGAAUUUAUUCAAUCGAAUUUGUAA